UCCCCGCUCCCUUGGCCACGCCUUCCCCUUUAAAUCGCUGCUCCUGCUACUAAGUUGUAGUCGGAGGGCAGAAAGUGAGUGGAUCCGCCGCUAUGUACCGGGUGUGGGUGCUGCUGGGGCUGCUGGCUGCUCUGGGGCACUCCGGGGCCGGAUACUUCCCGGAGGAGCGAUAUAACCCCGAGUCCCCGCUCCGGCAGCCCACCGUGCUGAUCGCCCUGCUGGCCAGGAACGCCGAGAGGUCCCUGCCCGAGGUGCUCGGAGCUAUAGACCGGCUGGAGUACCCCAAGGAUCGGAUGUCUCUAUGGGUCGCUACAGAUCACAAUGUGGACAAUACCAGCAGUAUUCUCCGGGAAUGGCUCAUCAACGUACAGAACCAGUACCACCACGUGGAGUGGAGGCCACAGGAGCAGCCCAGAUGGUUCCAGGACGAAGAGGGCCCGAAGCAUUGGUCGCAGUUACGCUACGAGUAUAUCAUGAAGCUACGCCAGGCGGCCUUAACCUCCGCGCGGGAAAUGUGGGCAGACUACAUAAUGUAUAUAGACGCUGACAACCUGCUGACAAACCCCAACACCCUGAGUUUGAUGAUCGCCGAGAAUAAGACAGUAGUUGCCCCUAUGAUGGAGUCCAGGGCGGCGUACUCCAACUUCUGGUGCGGGAUGACCACGCAGGGUUAUUAUAGACGGACCCCGGCCUACAUGCCCAUCCGGCGCAGGGAACGUCGCGGUUGCUUUGCCGUGCCCAUGGUUCACUCAACGUUUCUUAUUGACCUGAGGAAGGAGGCCACCCGGUAUCUAGAAUUCUACCCUCCUCACCCAGACUACACCUGGGCGUUCGAUGACAUCAUCGUCUUCGCGUUCGCCUGUCGCCAGGCUGAUGUGCAGAUGUUCCUUUGUAAUAAAGAAGUAUAUGGAAAUCUGCCGGUUCCUCUGCGGGCGCAUAGCACAUUGCUGGAUGAGGCUGACAACUUCCUACAUACCAAGCUCGAAAUCAUGGUGAAGGGGCCUCCAGUGGAGCCAUCGCGUUUCCUGUCUGUUCCAUCAAAAGUGCCGGACAAGAUGUCCCUGGAUGAGAUUUUCCUCAUAAACCUGAAGCGUCGGACGGACAGGAGAGACCGUAUGAGACGGACCCUCUAUGAGCUGGAGAUUGACUUCAAGCUGUCUGAUGCUGUGGACGGCCGGGCACUGAAUGAAUCUCAGGUGACCGCUCUAGGCAUACAGAUGCUGCCGGGGUAUAAGGAUCCUUAUCACGGGCGCCCCCUGACCCGAGGAGAGAUGGGCUGCUUCCUCAGCCACUACAACAUCUGGAAGGAAAUCUCUGAGCGCUCGCUGGCGUUUUCAGCCGUGUUUGAAGAUGACCUGAGGUUUGAGAUCUUCUUUAAGAGGCGGCUGUUGAACCUGCUUCAGGAUUUGGAGAAAGCUAAAUUGGAUUGGGAUCUCAUUUAUCUAGGUAGAAAACGGAUGCAGGUGGACGAGCCUGAAGAGCCUGUACCUGGGGUCCGAAAUCUGGUGGUCUCUGACUACUCCUACUGGACGCUGGGAUACCUGAUCUCCCUGCAGGGGGCCAAGAAGCUCCUCAGUGUAGAACCUCUGAAAAAGAUGCUACCAGUGGAUGAGUUCCUGCCGGUCAUGUAUGACAAGCACCCCAUCUCUGACUACUCCUCUCAGUUCUCACCACGUGACCUGCGUGCCUUCUCCGUGGAGCCCUUGCUGCUUUACCCCACGCAUUACACCGGGGAUGAGGGCUACGUAAGCGACACCGAAACCUCUGUGGUAUGGGACAAUGUGACCGAAUCGACCGACUGGGAUCGGGCAAAGUCUCGAAAGACCCAACAGCAGGAGAAGUUGCGUAGCGAAGCCAUGAACACCCCUUCCCUCCGAUCGCCUUUCGACAGCGCCGCCCGGGACGAGCUAUGACCUUGGUGAUGUCCGCGACAUGAGAGGAACCACGCCUGAGCUCUUUUUGUGUAGGGAUACGCUUGAGUACCAAUGAUGAUGUAUGAUUGGGCAAGUGGACCUUUUGGGGGUGACCAAAACAUGGUCAGAUGCUUGAACCCCAUUGAUGACUCCCCUUCUCUGCCUUGUGGGGGCGAGUGGGACAUAACAGUGCUAUCUAUGAGGGAACCGGGGCUUUUUUUUUUUUUUUUUAACAAAUCAGGAAUGCCUCCGCUCUGGGUUUCUUUAAUAAUAUUAAUUAUUUAUAUAUUUACUUGUGCAAAUGAAAUCCCCCUCCUCCUGCCCAGUACAGGCCCGAAAACCAACAGCUGAGCUGUUCUGAGGGACAUCUAUGGGAAUGGAAAUGCUCGACGGAUGGUGGUUGUAGUCCCAUCUUAUAAUUGCGGGAGACUUGUAGGUAAAUCUUCAGCCUCCUCGCCCAGCUGCUUGGGUUACACAGUGAAUCAUAGUUCCUCAUUUCGCACUUGAUCAAAGAAGCAAAUCUCCAAGUAUGGCCAUGGCGGGUAGGUCACGUGUACCCUGACACCUGUAUAGGUCGGUAUUGGUUUCUCCUGACUUGACAGGCUGAAUUCUCCUACAUAUUCACUAUAUAGACUGGUGUUUUCCAACCAGGGUGCCUCCAGCUGUUGCAAAACUUCAACUCCCAGCAUGCCCGGACAGCCAACGGCUGUCCGGGCAUGCUGGGAGUUGUAGUUUUGCAACAGCUAGAGACACCCUGGUUGGGAAACACUGGUGUAGACAUAGGCUUUAGCAGUUCUGAGCUAGUACAGGACACCUAACAUGAAGAGCCCACAUUUAUGGACUCUCCAUCUCCCUGCAGCAAACUUAGUCAUUGUCCGUUCCGCAACUUCUGUAUAGGGCCCAAAAUUGCCAACAGACUCCCUUUUAAAACAGUGCUCUGGUUCUGUGUGUACCUGCCAUUAAAGGGUGCUGCUAGGGUGCUGUACCUGAACAGGAUCUGUGGUAUAGUGUCCACCCCACAGUAGGUUAGAUACUUGUUUAACGCUUCCCAGCAAAAUAAAUAUAAAAAAAAAAAAAAGGGGGGGGGGGGGGGGAAAUAGCCCAUACGAAGUGUUCUAAAACACAACUUAUACUGGUUUCUUUGCUAAAAUACACCAGUUCUGUGACCCAAUAAAAUAUUUAGUUAUGAUCUGAUGCCCAUUGUACCAAUUAUGUAAAUGGCCUAACGUGUUUCCAUUGCAUAAAGCAGCUUCCUCGGGGAACAAUCAAUUAUCUCCUUUGACAUCUAGUCUGAUAAGUCAAGCAUCAGAGUAAUUAAAGGGUCACUCUCAUUUAAAAUAAAUUUUUGCUAUUGCACUCCUUAUGGUAAAUAACAAAUGUUUCUCAUAUACUUUGUUUAAAAAAAAAAAAAGUUUUUUA